AUGCCUCCAGUGAAGCCCAGCCCCGCCAUGCAAGCUGCCGCAGCCGCCUUCUCCACAACUAUAAAGAAACGCGAAGAUGCCUUUUACGAACCGAGGAAACAGGACUACUAUCGCGUCUCGUCUGACGGUAAUUGGGUACCAGCAUCAUCCGGUGACGCACUUGCAAAAGAUGAAUUGCAACCAUCUCUACACUCUAGAGAGAUCCGCCUGAUCUCCUGGAACAUCGAUGUCCUCGUCCCAUUCGCAGAAGAACGAAUGAGUGCAGCGCUAGACCAUUUGCAUGAUCUGGUAUCAUGGACAAGGCCGGAAUCUGCAAUCAUCAUAUUCUUCCAAGAAAUGGGAGUGUCGGACAUGGAACAAAUACGAGACUCAGCCUGGGUCAAGCAACGCUUUAACCUCACAGAGAUCGACUCGCGAAACUGGUUAGGUCCUCAUUAUGGUACCACAACGCUUGUAGAUCGGCGACUGCACAUAGACUCUGUUUUCCGUGUUCCGUGGUAUAGCAAGUUCGAUCGAGACGGCCUGUUUGUUGACAUUAGUCUUUACAAUCAAAAGGACUCAAACGCUCCAUCCAAAGUCAUGCGGCUAUGUAAUACGCAUCUGGAAUCCCUGGUCGCCGACCCACCUGUUCGCCCUAUUCAAAUGGCAGCCGCGAAGCAGUACUUCAAUCAACGCAACAUUUCAUGCGCCGUUCUAGCUGGCGAUCUCAAUGCUAUUCAACCGUUUGAUCGCACACUCCACGCCGAAAACGUACUCAGAGAUGCCUACCUCCAGAUUGGUGGUCAAGAAGACACUCCGGGUGAAGAAGAUAGUGAUGACGGGUACACUUGGGGUUACCAGUCUCCACAGGUCUUGAAAGACAGAUUCGGAUGCAGUAGGAUGGAUAAAAUCUUAUAUGGAGGGUUCAUAAAACCAAUCAAGUUUCAGCGGAUUGGCAUGGGCGUCAAAGUAGCAGAAGAGCAUAGGCAGAUGAUGAAGGACGCGGGAGAGCUGGAUUGGGUUUCAGAUCAUUACGGUGUGAUGUGCGACUUUGUUAUUUUCUCUGAUGGGCAGCUAGUUGAAUAA